UCAAUGCGUACCGCUGGUGAACUGUGCGAUUGUUGUUUUGUAAUCGUAUCUUAAAUUUGUUGUCGAACUGUUAAUUGCUAAACUGCUCUAAUUUACGUGUAAUUAGUUAGUCCAGUGAGGUGAAAUUAAAUCGCUAACAUGGCCGGGCAAGGCCACCAAUUCCCUGGUAAUUUCCAAGGUAAUGCUGGCGCUAUGCGAACUGGAUUUGGAGGUGGCCCCAUGGGCGCGCAAAUGCCGGGGAUGCCUAACCAGCUUGGAGGUGUGAUGGGUGGUCCUAUGGCGAAUUCAGCAGGUAUGGUUGGCAUGGGGAACCAGAUGGUUCCGCCAUAUGGUGCAGCCAUGCAGAACCAGAUGGGGAAUAUGGGCAUGGGGCCUCAGGGUAUGGGAGUAGGAGUAGGUGGUGCCCCUGGUGGUGGUAUGGGGCCACAAGCAGUUCAACAGCCAGGAGGCAUGCAAGCUGCAGGCGCCGUGGUGGCGGCCGCGGCCGCGCCGCCCGCACCGCCCGCGCCCGCGCCGCCGCCUCAAAACAAAGAGUUCAACACGGCUUCUUUGUGCAACUGCUAUUAUUUGCCCUGA